GAAUCACCAAUCUUGUGAGUGAAUACCACAGGUUGCAUUUCCUCGCUUGGAGACAUUAGAGAUCUACGGCAUGGAUAAUAUUGAAACGAUAUGGGACAAUCGAGCUGCUACGGAUUCUUUCCACAGUAUAAAGUCACUUGAUGUGUUCGCAUGCAAUAAGCUAGUGAACAUUGUUCCUUCUUGCAUUGUUGGACGGCUUUGGAGCCUGGAAAGCUUGAAUGUAUCUUAUUGUGAUUCGCUUGAAGUUGUUUUUAAACUUCAGUCACUGAAUCCUCUAGAUGGGAAUCCUGGUGCUCGUUCCCAAUUAAAAGAGCUGGUGUUACAUGAAUUACCACGGUUGAAGUGUGUAUGGGAUAAGGAACUCCACCAUCAAGUCAAAUUCCAGUGUCUCCAUUCUGUUACUAUUUCCAAUUGCAAGAGCCUCACCUCUCUAUUUCCAGCCUUAGUAGCGACAGAUCUUAUCCAACUUGAGGAGUUGGAGAUCAAUGCAUGUGGCAUUACAGAACUCAUCGGGAUGGAAGGACUAGUUCUUGGGGUUAUCUUCCCAAAGUUAACCUCCCUCAAGCUCGAGCAUCUGACAGAGUUGAAGUGCAUCUGCAUGGGAACACAUGCUUUAGGUUGGCCAGCAUUGAAGACUUUGGAGGUGUAUGGCUGUAACAAAGUGGAGAUACUUGCUUCCCAAAUUGAGAACGAGAUGCCACUACAGAAACAGCCUCUCUUCUUGUUGGAAAAGGGUGCAUUCCCAAAUCUACAAGAGCUAAGAUUGGAUUUAUCUAGACGGAUGGAGAUAUGGCAUGGGGAUUUUCAUGGUGAAGAAUUCUUCUGCACACUUAGGGUUCUUGAGCUUCGUCAUCUCUCGGAGGAAUAUGCAAUAUCCAUGUGUCUUUUUAUUCAAAGGUUAACCAACUUGGAAAAGCUCGUUCUAUGUGAAUCUCAUCUAGAGAAGCUGAGCAGAAUUGUGGAAGCCAUAGAAGGCCCGAGUCAUGAGCUAUUACCCUCAUCAAGAUACUUUCAACAUCUGAAGAUCCUAAAUGUGUCAUAUUGUGAUGGGUUAUCGUUACAUGCAAUAUCACACUUUUCAAAAUACUUUCAACACCUAAAGACUCUAGAUGUGUCACAUUGUGAUGGUCUAUCAAGUAUGUUCACACCGACCAUGGCUAAAAACUUGGCAGAACUCACAGAGUUGAGGAUAAGAAAUUGUAAAAUGUUGAAAGAAGUUAUUAGUGACGAUGGGGGUAAGGAGGGGUAUGCAGCGACUUUCAAUCAGUUGAAGCAUGUACAACUUGAUGGGUUGACAAGGUUGAGUUGUUUUAGCUCAAGUGAACUUACUUUGGUGUUCCCUCUCUUGGAAGAUGUCAUAGUUAGUGGAUGUCCCAACAUGCAGUCCUUCUCUAAGGGACCAAUAGUUGCGCCAAAGCUGGAGAGAAUACAAGUAGAAACACAAGCAGAUCCAAAACCUCAACAUGAAGUGUGGUUUUGGAAGGAAAACCUCAACACCACCAUCCAAAAUAUGUUUGACGAAAUGGCUACGAUUACUAGAGUAAAGUUUAUGUGGCUGUCUGAGUUCCCUGAGCUGAUUGGAAAAUGGCAUAGCGAACUUAAUCCCAUCAAGUCAUCCUGGCAAUUAGAAAGACUGGCGGUGAAUAAUUGUCCAUCAUUUGUUAAUGCUAUUCCAUCCAAAUUGAUGCUUGUUUUAGAGAAAAUGACAAGGUUGCAUGUGUGCGAUUGCGAGUCUUUGGAAGAAAUAUUCGAUCUUGAAGGGCUUAAGCCUGUGGAAAUCACUCGGGUGCUGCCUCAGCUACAAGAUUUGGGCUUGGUCAAUCUACCGAAGUUGAGGCAACUAUGGAACAAAGAUCUUCAAGGAACGUUGCGCUUCAGUUCUCUAUUUUCUCUGACCCUUUAUAAUUGCAGCAACUUGAGAUAUGCUUUCACUCCAUCGAUGGCUCGAUGCCUUGCAAAUCUAUGCAAGAUUGAAAUAAAGGAGUGUGGUGAAAUGGAAGAAGUGAUCGCCGAGGAAGAAGGGCAGGUAAGCGUGGUGGAGAAGAUCACAUUCCCGAUGCUCAAUAUGAUGAAGCUGGAAUGCUUGCCCAAUUUGACUAGUUUCCUCUCGGGAAAGAAUCAUACGCUGGAAUGUCCCAACCUGGAAGUGCUAACUAUUGCCCACUGCCCCAAGCUGAGAAGUUUGACUUGGCAUUCUUGGAUGCAGGUUGAUCAGGAUACCCCUUCCCUCUUCACUCCACAGGUACAAUUUCCUCAGCUUGAGGAAAUAGUUCUCUCCCACAUGGACAAAUUAAGCAAAAUAUGGACCUGGGGCCCUCAAGGAACUUUCACUUUAAAAUACUUGCAGAAAGUGAAGGCUCAGAACUGUAAGAACCUUGAAAUUUUGUUUCCACAUUGGGUGGCUACAAGUCUGACCCAACUUGAGGAACUUCGAGUGGAGUCUUGUGGGCUCGAGGAAAUAGUCCGGAGUGCGAGUGGAGAUGAUAGUCCACACUCUAUUGCUGCUCAAUUUCUUUUCCCAGUAUUGACUUCUCCGGUGUUACAUGAUAUGCCACAACUCAAGAGCUUCCGCCCUAACUUGCUCACUUUGAACUGGCCAUUCUUGAAGGAAUUGCGAGUGACCCAUUGCGAAAAAAUGAAUAUGUUGUCCUUUCCGGCUCAGAAGAACAAGUGA